GGAGGAAUAGUGCCCCAUCAUUGGUGUCAGUGGGGGGAUGGGAGGAAUAGUGCCACAUCAUUGGUGUCAGUGGGAGGAAUAGUGCCCCAUCAUUGGUGUCAGUGGGAGGAAUAGUGCCCCAUCAUUGGUGUCAUGACACAAAUGAUGGGGCACUAUUCCUCCCACUGACACCAAUGAUACUUACCUUGCUGACCCCUGCUCCAGCCUGGGCUUGCUCUCUCACUUACCUGUCAGCUGUCUUCCUUCUCUGGCCGCUCUCCUCUUCACUCGCUCCCUCGGUCUUCUUUGAUGUCCGCGCGCUGCCGCUUGGCUCCUCCUCUCCAAGCUCCACCUCCUCGCCGGUGAUUGACCGCCUGUGUGCCUCUCCUGAGCUACAGUUCCGG